UCCCACAGGCUGGAGGAGGUCCCCUUGGAGGUGCUCCGACAGCGGGAGUCCAAGUGGCUGGAUAUGCUCAACAACUGGGACAAAUGGAUGGCCAAGAAACACAAGAAGAUCCGCCUGCGGUGCCAGAAGGGGAUCCCGCCCUCGCUGCGGGGCCGUGCCUGGCAGUACCUCUCUGGGAGCAAGGUUAAGUUGGAGCAGAACAUGGGCAAGUUUGAUGAACUGGAUCUCCUCACAGGAGAGCCCAAGUGGCUGGAUGUGAUCGAGCGGGAUCUCCACCGGCAGUUCCCCUUCCAUGAGAUGUUCGUCUCACGCGGAGGCCAUGGGCAGCAGGACCUGUUCCGGGUGCUGAAGGCGUACACGCUGUACCGCCCGGAGGAGGGAUAUUGCCAGGCCCAGGCGCCCAUCGCCGCUGUCCUGCUCAUGCACAUGCCAGCCGAGCAAGCGUUCUGGUGCCUGGUGCAGAUCUGUGAGAAGUACCUCCCUGGCUACUACAGUGAGAAGCUGUGUGGAGUGGCUGAGCCCUGA